AAUAACAGCAGCAAUUCUCCCUGACUGUGAUGAAAAAAAAGUGUAAAAGAAUAAAUAUUAAACCUACAUGUAAUCCACUGGCCUUCAUUUCCCAGUGAUACUGUAAGAGUACUGCAAGAGUGCAGUAACUUUUGACCAGAGUACAGUUGUCGGCACCAUUUCAGAUUCAUAAUCCUGCCUCUGGGAGGUGAUGACUUUCAGUCACAGCUGCAUUGUGUUUUGGAUAAGUGUAGUCCAGGGUGAGAUGUGGACAUUUUUGGCCCAAAUAAAAUAUGUCACAUAUUUUUUCAGGUGUUUUCAUUUACGGUGAUGAGAUUUUGUUUUUCCUGGAAAACUAUUUCCCUUAGCAAAAAUAUAGUAAAUAAAUUACCCAUGUGUUUCUCUGCAGAGCCAGUAUAUAAAUGCUGGCUGUAUAAGAAAGAGUAGAUCUAAAAAUAGAUAGGCAUGUGUGUUUGUGUGUUUGUGUGGAUAUAGCUGUGGGGACAUUUUUUGAUAAAUACUAUUAUUGCGGGGACACUUUGUCUUCAUGGGGACAUUUUGAAUGUCAGACUGGCAAGAGGUUAAAGGUGAAACCUGGAGUUAGGAUUAAGGGUUUAGAUUGCUUAUUAGCUAUACAUUAACUUCACUAGUUAGGUUAAACUAACUUAACUGUUUGUUAAGUUAGUUGGUUCUAUUAUAGGGCUAGAUAAGACAUAAACGUGUGUCCGUGUGUCCUUUUGUGUAUGUUUGUGUGUGUAUGUUUGUGCGUGCGUGUGUCAGGUGCUCCGUAAGUAGUCCGCUCGUCUUAUCUUGACCUACUUGAAUAACUUUUUGGUGUUUUUUCCUCUAAAUUUCGUGUAUCUUCCUCACUGCUGCACCCCUCUUAACCCCCCCCCCCCCUCUCUCUCUCUUCCGCUUUCUCUCUCUCUCUCCCACUCCCUCUCUCUCCCCUCUGGAGCUUAUCUCGGUGCGCAUCGUCAGCAUCAGUUUGAAGUCAAUCUGACAGCCGCUGCCUUGCCCACUUCUUUAUCCCGUCACUCUGGUGGUCACUCGGUCUCGUUUAAGAGGUUCAUCUCCGGACAAGUCAUCUUAACUUCACUCGGGACUGUGGGAGCGCGUCCGCCCGCUGCCUUCAACUUGCGGUAAAGAAAGACACGGGAAACUCCUCGGGAUUCUCCGCACACCCAGCUCUCAUCCGGACCUUCUGUUUUGCCUGGUAAAGUGCUUCACAAGGAGAAUUCUAAGGAGAUUUCUUACUCUUUCGUUCCUCAAGGAUGAAACAGCACGGCGGAUUUUUGUACUGAAACAGCUCCCACUUUCCAACUCCAUGCUCUACAAUGAACCAUGAGCCAAGGUUUUGAAGGCCUGUUUCUGUCAUCCUGUUGUGCAGUGAGGCAGUAAGCUCACGGUGGAUACAGCAUGCAUGUGUCGACGUAUCCCAUGAUGCAUUCUGCCUGUUCAAGCCUGCUGCUCCUUAGCCUCCUUGUCCUUGCCGAUGCUGACACACCCCCCAGAUUCUCAAGAACCCCAGAAGACCAAAUAGGAGUCCAGGGGGGCGUGGCUUCAUUUGUGUGCCAAGCCACAGGAGACCCACAGCCCAAGAUUGUCUGGAAUAAAAAGGGAAAAAAAGUCAGCAACCAGAGAUUCGAGGUAAUAGAGUUUGACGAUGGAUCUGGCUCUGUCCUGAGGAUCCAGCCACUGAGGACCCCCAGAGAUGAGGCUAUUUAUGAAUGUCAUGCCUCCAACUCUGCCGGAGAGAUCACGGCCACCACCAAACUAACAGUACUGAGAGAGGACCAGCUUCCCUCGGGGUUCCCCACCAUAGACAUGGGCCCCCAGCUGAAAGUGGUAGAGCGUUCCCGGACCGCCACCAUGCUCUGUGCAGCUAGUGGCAACCCUGACCCAGAAAUUACCUGGUUCAAGGAUUUCCUGCCAGUCAACACUUCAAACAACAAUGGACGAAUCAAACAGCUCCGCUCAGAGUCCUUUGGUGGCACGCCCAUACGAGGUGCCCUUCAGAUCGAGAUGAGUGAGGAGUCAGACCAGGGGAAAUAUGAGUGUGUUGCCACCAACAGUGAUGGAACACGCUAUUCCACUCCAGCAAACCUCUAUGUCAGAGAGCUGCGAGAAGUGCGACGAGUCCCUCCUCGCUUCUCCAUCCCACCAGCGGACAGUGAGAUCAUGCCAGGGGGCAGCGUCAACAUCACCUGCGUGGCAGUGGGGUCACCCAUGCCUUAUGUGAAAUGGAUGCUGGGAGCUGAAGACCUCACGCCUGAAGAUGACAUGCCAAUCGGCCGUAACGUUCUGGAGCUGACGGACAUACGACAGUCCAACAACUACACCUGUGUGGCCAUGUCAACGCUUGGUGUGAUCGAGGCAGUGGCACAGAUUAUUGUGAAAGCUCUGCCUAAAGCUCCUGGCAUCCCUGUGGUCACAGAGAGAACUGCAACAAGCAUCACACUCACCUGGGACUCUGGGAACCCAGAACCUGUCUCCUACUAUGUUAUACAGCACCGUGCCAAAGGCUCAGAUGAUCCUUACAAGGAGAUUGAUGGCAUUGCUACAACUCGCUACAGCGUGGGGGGCCUCAGCCCUUACUCCCACUACGACUUUCGAGUGGCGGCAGUAAACACCAUUGGCCAGGGCCCAUCCAGUGAUGCGGUGGAGGCUCGCACGGCGGAGCAGGCUCCCUCGUCACCACCACGUCAGGUCAGAGGUCGUAUGCUGAGCACGACAACGGCAAUCAUCCACUGGGAUGAACCAGAAGAACCAAACGGUCAGGUGGUUGGUUACAGAGUGUACUACACCUCAGACAACAUGCUGCCAGUCAACCAGUGGGAAAAGCAAAUGGUGCGCAGUGCCAACUUCAUCACUAUCCAGAGCUUAACUCCUAAUAAGACCUAUUACAUCAGAGUGCUGGCCUUCACCUCUGUAGGAGAUGGACCUCUGUCCCAGGACUUACAGAUCAUCGCUAAGACCGGAGUUCCGUCUCAGCCUUCAGAGUUUAAGGGUGAGGCCAAGUCUGAAACCAGUAUCCUGCUCUCUUGGGUCGCACCACCACAAGGCGGUCCCGACAACCAGAUCACAGGAUAUGAACUGGUCUACAGACGAGCUGGUGAAACAGAAGAGAAGAAGACAAGCUUCGAACCGACUACCUUCUACCUUUUGAAGGACUUAAAGGCCUUCUCCACUUAUACCUUCCAACUGGCUGCCAAAAGCAAACAUGGAAUUGGUGCAUAUACGAAUGAACUGUCCAUCAACACGCCACAGACCCUUCCUUCAGCACCUCCACAGGACAUCACAUGCACCAGCCCUAGUUCUACCAGCAUCCUGGUAAGUUGGGCUCCGCCUCCUCUGGAGUUUCAGAAUGGCAUCAUUACGGGAUACUCCAUCCAGUACUCUACUACAGAGGGCAACAGAACAUCCAAAAAAGUAGAUGGAAUUCCUCCGGAGAAUUCUUCCUAUCUCUUGGAAUACCUGGAAAAAUGGACUGAGUAUGUGAUAACUGUACGAGCACAGACCGAGGCUGGUGAUGGACCAGAAAGUUUGCAGCUGUUAAUCCGCACUGAGGAGGAUGUUCCAAGUGGUCCUCCACAAGGAGUUGAGGCAGAGACUGUGAACGCUUCGGCCAUUAGGGUGAAAUGGCGAGCACCAGUACCGGAACGACAGCACGGUCAAAUCAGAGGCUACCAGGUUCACUAUGUGAGGAUGAACUUUGGUGAACCACAGGGUCAGCCAGCCAUCAAGGACAUCCUCAUAGAGGACACACAGUGGGAAACCAACGAUUCAACUGAUUAUGAGGUGGUUCUUGGUGACCUGAAGGCAGACACUCCUUACUCUGUAUCAGUGGGCGCUUACACCGCCAAGGGAGAUGGUGCUCGCAGCAAACCUGUUACAGUCUGCACUUCUCUGCCAUUGCCUGAGAAGCCUGUUCUGACAGUGAGCCUCACUGAUGCAGGGAAUGUUCUUCUUCAGUGGUAUCCACCUCCAAAUCCACUCACCCCCCUGCUCGGGUAUCGCCUUACCUUUGGACGCACAGACGUCAUUCCCUUUACGGUGGUGGAGUUUCCCAUGAAGGAAAAUCGCUACACAGCGAAUGACAUCCACAAGGGAGCAAUUUACAUCUUCCGACUCUCUGCCUGUAACAAAAUGGGAUUCGGGGAGGAGGCAGUAAAGGAGGUGACAACUCCAGAGGAUGCCCCAAGUGGAUUCCCAGAAAACAUAUACUCUGAAGAGACGUCUGCCACCUCACUGCUGCUGUCGUGGAAGUCAGUCCCACUAAUGGAGCAAAAUGGAAAAAUCACCAAGUACUCGGUGCUCUAUAAGGAUGUAAACAGUCGAGGGAACUCCUCAGAAGUUGUUGUGCCACAUCCACAGACAAGUGUUCUGUUGGAGGGUCUGAGUGCUGAUACUGUGUAUGAUGUCAGGGUGCGUGCGUUCUCAGUUGUUGGUCCCGGGCCGUACAGCCCUAGUAUCCAGUUUAGGACACAGCGUCUAGACCAAGUUUUUGCAACCAACUUCAGAGUGAAAGCGGCGAUGAAGAACUCUGUGCUGCUGUCGUGGGAGAUCAGAGACAAAAACCCAGCUCAGCCCUUCACUAUCUUGUAUGGAAGAGGCCAGUCUGUGGAGGUGGAUGGGAAGCAGACUCAGAAGCUCAUCACUGGCCUGGAGCCAGACACUCUGUAUUCAUUUCUGCUCACUAAUCGGGCCAACAGCGCUGGAGGCCUGCAGCACCGCGUCACAGCCACCACUGCUCCAGACAUCCUGAAGACCAAACCCACUGUGGUGGGAAAAACCAACGCAGAUGGCAUGGUGACUGUUCAGCUACCAACCGUGCAGACCACCUCCAAAGUCAGGGGUUUCUACGUGGUGGUGGUGCCGCUGAAGAAGCAGAGAGGGAAAUUCCUCAAUCAGUGGGAGGAUCCUGACCAGAUGAACCUGGAUGAGCUCCUGAAAGACAUCAACAGGACAAGCGUCAGUCGGUCCCUUCGCAUCCGCAGGCAGGCAGCCCAGUCAGAUUCUAGGGCUUACGUCAGCGCUCACUUCAAGACCCUGCCACUGGAGUUUACUCUCGGUGACGGGCAAACCCAUGGCGGCUUCCGUAACCGCGCACUGCAGAAUGGACAGGAGUAUGUCUUCUUUGUCCUUGCGCUGCUUGAUCUCUCUGAAAAUACCAUGUUUUCAACAAGCCCUUACUCUGACCCCGUGACCUCAUUGGAUGUGGAUCCCAAACCGAUAGUAGAUGAAGAGGAAGGGCUGCUGUGGGUGGUGGGGCCUGUGUUGGCUGUCAUCUUCAUCGUCUGCAUUGUCAUCGCCAUUCUGCUCUUCAAGAGCAAACCUGACAGGAAAAGAGCUGAGGCUGAGGGCAGGAAGGGCAGCUUUCCCUGCAGCAAAGCCAUGUCAUCCCACCAUCCCACUGAUCCCGUGGAGCUGCGUCGGAUUAACUUCCAGACUCCAGGCAUGGCCAGUCACCCUCCCGUCUCCAUCUCUGAAAUGGCAGAUCACAUUGAGCGCCUCAAGGCAAAUGACAAUCUCAAGUUCUCCCAGGAGUACGAGUCCAUUGACCCUGGUCAGCAGUUCACAUGGGAGAACUCCAACUUGGAGGUCAACAAACCAAAGAACCGCUACGCUAACGUCAUCGCCUAUGAUCACUCCAGGGUUAUACUCUCCAGCAUAGACGGCGUCCCAGGUAGUGACUACAUCAAUGCCAACUAUGUCGAUGGCUACCGCCGUCAAAACGCAUAUAUCGCAACUCAGGGUUCCCUUCCUGAGACCUUUGGAGAUUUCUGGAGAAUGGUCUGGGAGCAGCACACGGCCAACAUUAUUAUGAUGACCAAGCUGGAGGAAAAGUCACGGGUGAAGUGUGACCAGUACUGGCCAACACGGGGCACGGAGACGUACGGCCUCAUUCAGGUCACUCUGCUGGACACAGUGGAGCUGGCCACCUACUCUGUCAGAACAUUUGCUCUGUACAAGAGUGGCUCAAACGAGAAGCGAGAAGUUCGUCACUUCCAGUUUACAGCCUGGCCGGACCACGGCGUACCUGAACACCCAACACCGUUCCUGGCCUUCCUCCGUAGGGUCAAGGCCUGUAACCCCCCAGAUGCAGGACCUAUGGUUGUCCACUGCAGUGCGGGAGUUGGUCGCACCGGCUGCUUCAUCGUGAUCGAUGCUAUGACAGAGCGCAUCAAGCAUGAAAAAACCAUCGACAUCUACGGUCACGUCACACUGAUGCGUUCCCAGAGGAACUACAUGGUUCAGACGGAGGACCAGUACAUUUUCAUUCACGAUGCACUGCUGGAGGCGGUGACCUGCGGAAAUACUGAGGUCCCAGCGAGGAACCUGUUCUCCUACAUCCAGAGGCUAACGCAAAUUGAGCCGGGAGAGAACGUUACCGGCAUGGAGGUGGAGUUCAAGCGUCUGGCCAGUGCCAAGGCUCACACAUCGAGGUUUGUGAGUGCCAACAUGCCGUGUAACAAGUUUAAAAACCGGCUGGUGAACAUCAUGCCCUACGAGACCACACGUGUGUGUCUGCAGCCAAUCAGAGGAGUGGAAGGGUCUGACUACAUCAACGCCAGCUUUAUAGAUGGAUACAGGCAGCAGAAGGCCUACAUUGCCACACAAGGCCCACUGGCUGAAACCACAGAGGACUACUGGAGGAUGCUGUGGGAACACAAUUCCACCAUAGUUGUCAUGUUAACCAAACUGAGAGAGAUGGGACGGGAGAAGUGUCAUCAGUACUGGCCUGCGGAGCGCUCAGCCAGGUACCAGUACUUUGUGGUGGAUCCCAUGGCUGAGUACAACAUGCCUCAGUACAUCCUUCGAGAGUUCAAAGUCACUGAUGCCAGGGAUGGACAAUCACGGACAGUUCGUCAGUUUCAGUUCACUGACUGGCCAGAGCAAGGCGUGCCAAAGUCAGGGGAGGGAUUCAUUGAUUUUAUUGGCCAGGUCCAUAAAACAAAAGAACAGUUUGGUCAGGAUGGACCAAUCACGGUGCACUGCAGUGCUGGAGUCGGAAGGACCGGUGUCUUCAUCACCCUCAGCAUUGUGUUGGAAAGAAUGAGGUACGAGGGCGUGGUGGACAUCUUCCAGACGGUCAAAAUGCUACGUACCCAGAGACCUGCCAUCGUUCAGACUGAGGACCAGUACCAGUUCUGUUACCGGGCCAGUCUGGAAUACCUGGGAAGCUUCGAUCACUAUGCAACAUAAAGCCAGUGGCCGUCUCUCAUCCCACAUCCCACCCUAGUGCACUGUUCUUAGAUCACCUACUGGUCUCCAGUAUUACUGCAUUAGGCUGAGAUGUCUCUUGGAAGAUUGGGCCACCACCUGCAGAGUGAAAGGGACCAUCGGCUUAUCACGUACCCACAAACAGCACCUCUAACUGAGCCAUAGCCAACUGCAAGACAAGGGUGUUUCCUUUCAUCCUCACUCCAAAUGCACCCAUUGGUCAGUCUGAAGAUAAAACUUCAACCGAUGAUCCAAUCAGAGAACUUGACCCCAUCCAGAUUUUUAUUCAGUUAGUGCUUUUGUGAGCACCCAGAUUGCUUUACUUCGUUAGGGUGUGGAACUCUCACCUUGUUCACCACCAGUGUAGCAUCACCAAUGAAAAAAAAAACAGAAACCAGCUACAGUAUUUAGCUGUCACGGGAAGUUUUUUUUUAAAUUAUUUUAAGGAUUGUCUGGAAGAAGACAACAAAUCCUUGUGGACUUAAAGAACUGGGACUUUUGAGCACCACAGAUUUGCCAACAGGAGACUGAAUAAACACACACACACAGCACACAGUGUUAAAGAAGACCAAGAACACACUCCAAAAAGGACACUUUGUUUGUGUUUUGUUCUGUUUUGUUUUAUAAACAGACACAUUCUGCUGUUUGAAAAACACAAUUCUUCUUCCUUAUAAUGACAAAAGCCACCAGUUUAACCUUUUGCUUCUUGAUUUAAGAUGUGAGGAUUUAAAGAGAGGUUUAAAAUAUAUACUAUAAAGUAAGACAUUCAUUUAGUUUUCUAUAAAAAAAUACUGAUUUUAUCUUCUAUCCAUAUAGCAUGUUCUGUUACAGACUGAUGACUUUGUCCCCACUGAGCAUCCGAGGCAAAGUUGUUACUUUCCGAACCGUAGCUUUUCCUCAGUGGUUUGAUAAACAGCACUGUUUUGAAGUGUACAAUCAAACCUAGUGUGGGAAAAGUUCAGGAAGUUAUGAAGAGUAAAUCUCCUAUAUAGUUUAACCACUCUCUCUCCUUUUGAAUAAACACAUGCAUGAGUCGUAGCCUCAACCCUACUUAACCUCCAAGCCGAGCGCGACCUUUAUGUUCUCGAAUCUAACUCCUCGAAUCCCUGAGUGCUACAGUGUUAACCUCACUGCUAACAGCCCUGAAGAAAACACCUGUCACCACAGAACACACCACCACAAAAGAGUGCUAACAAAGAAAAUCGACUUAUGUGUCCAAAUAACAAAGCUAUUUCAAACAGAGAGCGAGAAGUGGAUGUAAAAUAAAGGGGUGUGAAGGAGGACGGGGGAGGAACAGUUUUUUUUUUUCUUACUGGAAUGCUCACCUAUGACUUCUCUCCGUCUACUUUCCUGUGCAAUAAUUAGAUGUAUAUUAUAUUUUUUGUUUGUGUCGAAUCACUAACAGCAGUUUUAUGCUAUGGAGAUGAUUCCGAUGACGGCACAAACAUGGAUGUUACGCUUGAUCAUGUUCCCAUCAACACACCAUGUGUCCACCCGCGGAAUGACUGCUGACCUCAUAACAACGUUCGUCUUUUGUCCGUGUCACCCACCCUGCUCGAUGAUGUCACCCAUCCGUGUGUCAAGGCAACCAAUGAAUGAUCCGACUCACUUCUCGAACAGCAUCUAAUAAGUAUUUUAAUUUUAGAUUUCUAGUGCCUUAUAUUACACGCCUAUUUUGAUAAUUACUUUUAAGGGUUUUAUGUGUAAUUUCAAGUGUGCACGGUUGGAAGUGUGUGUACUGAAUGUCUGUGUAAUUUUUUUGUUUAUGUUACUAUAUAUAUAUAUAUAUAAAACAUAACUUUUUUUUUUCAGCUGUGAAACUUUGUAUGGAAGGCGAUAUGUUGGCUUGACACUUGGACUGAUAAAUUCUAAUCCAGGAACUAUAAUCCAGGAAUUACAGUAUAUAGAAUUUUAAAUGUUAUUUGAGAUGGGAUCUGAUGAGAAACAGUAAUAAUACCUAAAAGAAAUAGGUUGAUAUCAGAAUGUGUGAUUAUGCUGGUAUAAAAAAAACAUUUCAGAAGUCAUCACCUCAGUAUUUUCUCUUUCCAGGACUAAGCUUUAUGAAGAGGAGCAGUAUACAAGUUCUAGCCAUCUUAAGACAAACAGCACAGGCUGUUUGUGUAAUCCGUAAUCAGUAAUCUGACCUGACACCAUGAACACAAAAUCUGUCUAAUUUAAUCAUUUUGUUUUCUUUCAUACAAGCUGUGUUAUAUUUUUUUUGUUUUGUUUUACCAACAGACGCUGAGAGAAGUUCUACGUCUAACACAUUCAUCCUAACCCGUCUGUGUUUCGUAUCUAAGUUAACACUUUAUUAUAUACAACGUUUCGGUGGACCUCCAGCGGAUCUCUGUAACCCUCGCUGUCAUUAAAGUAUGCAUGGUACCACUUUGGAGAUGGCCCUUUGGUCACACCUGUAAUGGGAAGACUUGCACUUUCUCUCUUUUUACUAUGCACUACACACUCGUACCCUGUUCUCACCUUUAGACCCCCGUCCACCUCCAAAAGCAGUUUUACUUGAACUCAGUAAAAUGUAAAAUGGACCCUGUAACGCUCACACGGUUGUGUAUAUGUAAAUAACACCAAAAUACACAAGUAAUAAAAUGCACAUUUGCAUUUACAUGAAUAGAUAAAUAAUAAAUAAUUUAUUAAGUGACUGAACGUGAUCAGCUAUAGAGAGUGAUAUCAUAAAUGGAUGCACCUGAUAUACAGUUUUAACGACACAGUGGUGCCGCGGGCAAUACAUCACAGUGUGGAUUUGUUAAAAGUUUCACAGCAAAGUGUUCUAUUUUACCCCCCAAAUGUAUCUAGUAGAUGGAUAAAACUGGAGUUUAUAAAUUGUAUAAAAUAAAAAAAUAAAAAACAAA